AUGCGGAUGCAUCAGCACACUUGCAUCGAUAUUUUUUUUUUCCAUAGAUUAUUUCAGAUGAUAUCUGCUCGAGCGAUAAAUGCACUGCACCACAUCGACUGGGUCUACAAGCAUACAAACAAUUGCAAAAUAGAAUCCGCUUCCAGGGCGGCGUGUUAUAGCGUAGUAGAUAAGGUUCUUGCGUCCCGGAGAAGCGCCUUAGAAAAUGAGUUCUACGAAGCGAACGAUUCGCCAGCCAUGUUGGAUCGAUUGCUUUCGGUGAAUGAGGACGGUCCACUGUCGGAUACAGAAAUCGUACAAAACAUCUACUCCAUCGUUGGUGCUGGUAACGAUACGACGGCACACUCGCUCGGUCACACGUGCCUAUUCCUUGCGAUGCAUCCUGCAGUACAGAGAAAGCUGUACCAAGAGCUGCGCGAUGUGUUUUACACUGCCGAUGAGCCCAUUACCGAGGAAAAGCUGAAACAACUAAGCUACAUGGAGUGUGUGAUCAAGGAAAGCUUACGGUUAGCUCCUCCGGGCGCAACGGUGGCGCGCGAAGCCCAAGAAGACCUAACAGUCGAAGGACAGUUGAUUCCGCGCGGUACAACGGUAGUCGUGAGCUUAUUUGCACUGCAUCGCAGAAAGGAUUUCUGGGGUGCCGAUGCGGAGAGGUUCGAUCCGGAUCGAUUUCUGCCCGAACGGUGCAAGAAUAGAAUGGGCUGUGCCUUUAUGCCGUUCAACACAGGGAGUCGCAAUUGUAUUGGCUCACGGUACGCCAUGCAGAUUAUGAAGAUUAUUUUGUGCAAGAUCGUUCGGAGAUAUGAGCUCCACACCGAGCUAACUAUGGAGCGGAUGCAGUUUCGGUUCGAUAUAGCUCUAAAGCAGGAGCAGGGAUACUCAAUACAGUUCGAGCGUAGAGUUGAAAGUGAUUAAAGGAAUUAUAAAUAUGUUCCAUUCAGUUCCAGUUAUUCCUUACAACUCUAUUUGGCCUUCUUCGUUACACUUUCGAUAGCGCUGGUUGACCUCGGACACGUCCAACAUCAUCUCUCUCGCCCGAUAGUAAACGCACGAUUCCAUUUUAAGCUCGUUAAAGUACAUUGAAAGCUCAACAUGGAAGUAAAUCUCAUCCAUCUUCGAGUAAACGUACUCCUGCAUUGCUUCCAGAAUCGGUUUGGACUGAAAAGAGUUCAAAUUGGUGGUAAAAUUGUUCAGUUCUGGUGAUUUGGUUCAGCUACUAAAUAUGCAU